UAAAUACCCACCUACUUUGACAUUGUCCAAGUGUUCACACUUUCUCAUAUAUAUAUAUAAGUAGAGUGGCCAAACAAGCGAGAAAGAAGCAAACGGUAAUAUCAUAUUGCCGAGCGGUGAACUGCUAGACACAAGACAGAGAAGAUGGCGGUACGUCACGGAGUCCUCUCUCUGGUCCUGCUGGCCGUGGUCCUAGUGGUCAGGGUGGAGUCCGGCAAGAACUGGGCCCUGGUAGUGGCCGGAGCAAAGGAUUACAACAACUACUUUUCUCAGGCCUGCUCGUGCCACGCCUACGACACAUUGCGCAACAACAGCAUCCCCAAAGAAAACAUCGUAUACAUGUCUUACGAUGACGUGGCCAACGACCCUGAGAACCCCGUCAAAGGAAACAUCGUCAACGUUGCUGGAGGGCCGAACCUUUACCCCGGAUGUAAAGCAGACUACCGGAAGGAAGAAGUGACACCGGAAGUCUUCCUAAAAGUUCUGACUGGAGACAAGGAGGGCGUGAAAAAGCUGAUUGGUCGAGACGGUAAGGUGAUUGCCAGCGGUCCUGACGAUCACGUGUUCGUCUAUAUGAUUGAUCACGGAGGUCCAGGGAUUUUCUGCUUUCCAGGUUUUGUUCCAUUGCACAACACAGACCUCAACAACGCCUUCAAGCAGAUGCACAGAGAGAAAAGGUACAAGGAGAUGGUGGUUUACUUGGAAGCCUGCGAAUCGGGCAGUAUGUUCGAGGGCAUACUCCCGAAAGACAUCGAUAUCUACGCUAUCUCCAGCGCAAAUGCCCACGAGUCAGGGUGGAUGUGCUGUUACGAUACAUUCCGUCAAGUCUAUGUAGGCUCUUAUUUCGGCAACGGCUGGGCGUACAACACAGAUACGGCAAAUCUCCACAAGGAAACACUCUACCAGCAGUACGAACUGAUGAAAAAAGCCUGCAACGCCUCUGGAACAGUGAGUCACCCCACGCAGUACGGAAACUUGAGCAUGAACAGCGAAGUCCUCGCUCAGUACCAGGCAAAAGCGGAGGGGUACCAGCCUGGUGUCUGCGUCAGUACAUUAGAAGAAGUAGAUAAUACUCUGAGGUCAGAGUUCUCAUUCGCCGACAUUGACCUCAAUAACCCCGCCAUUGACAUGGUUCCGAUCGCCACCGCGGCUCGUCGCCUCAUCGAGUCACGUGAUCUCAGUGGUGAGAAGCGGGAAGAGCUCAAGGCCGAAUUACGUCACAUGAUGCUGGUCAAGGAAAAGGCCGAGUCAUUGACCAAAGACCUGGUCAAGGCAGCCUUGUUCAGCCCCAGAGGUCUGACGGAGAGAGACAUACUGGCCGGCAAAGAGCGAGUAUUUAACUCUGAAUGUUACAAGACCGCCCUCAGCCUCUUCUCUGCCCGAUGUCCUGGGAUCGACAUGGGGAAGUACCCAUUCGCCAGGAGAAAUCUGCAGGCCUUUAUCAACCUCUGCAAUCACCAGCCCCAGACUGACGUCAUGAACGCCAUCUUGGAGGUCACGGAGAAAUACGGAAUUUGCCGAGCUCUGUAGACCCCCAGUUCCCGACCGUCUCCCCUUCUACUGUUUUCUAUUUCUUUAUCUGGUGUCUAUUUGUUUUUGGUUGUUUAAACAAAUAUUUAUAUGUGUGGUGUUGUUGUUGUCCUUAUUUUGAUAACGCCUUCCUUCAAUAAAAAUGUUUUACUAAAAUGA